AUGAUGAGCCAAUUCCUGUUUUUCAUGGUGCUUGCAGUUAUUUGCACAGUUGCAAUUUGCAGACCGCAAUAUAAAGAUGAAGAUUUCGACUAUCGCAUGUUCGAGGAUGAUAACGCGGGUGUGGUGAUCGACAGAGUGAUCGAACCUAGACAUAAGCAUGAUUCUCAUCAUCAUCAUCAUCAUCAUAAUCAUCAUCGAGCAGAGAAAUCUUAUUUGAAGACGAACCGAGUGAAACAUCAGAAGAAAUUCUUCGAGAAUUUCCGAUUUUAA